CCCUAGCUCGCAGAAAACAAAGACCAAAAACCACCAAACAGUAAAGCGGCGUAUUUCGCCAGCGGAACGUGAAAACAUUCGAUCUCACCUGUGCGCGUGAUUUGUGCAAACGUCAUUGUGAACCGAACACAUUGAAAAUCGGCGAAUUUUUUGGUGGAGAUUUCAGAACCCCACACCCCCCUAAAUUACAGUCAUCCACGCCACAAGCAAAAUGAGGCUGUUAGCGGCAGCAACAGUUGCGCUUCUAUUGCUUUUGUGCCAAGCAGCUGGCGAGAAACUCACAGAGGAGGGAGUGCGACAGGAACAGGGCGAUGCUGAGAGCACGGAAACUCCGGAAACGACUACGGAUCAAGCGGUGAGUGAGCCACCGAUCAAGCUGGUCCAUGUACUGAAUCCCGGAGAGCGGGAGUAUCUGUCCCCCAACCUGAUUGGGGUCCAGAACAUAGCCAUGACCUUUCUGCCCCUGUCGAUGAACUUCCUAAAUAUCAUCGAUGCCUAUCGGGAAAUCGACGCCGGAGUGCGGUACGAGAUCCUGCUAAAUGCGUUCGACACGAAGGCGAAGCGGCCGGAGGACGCAGACCUAAUCUGUCGGUUGGUUAUCUUGGAGAAGCCCUGGCUGCGCACUCAGUGGUGUGACAAAUACCGCGAAUUGAUCACCUCCAAUUGCACCGACACGGCGGAGAACUCGGUGAACGGAGAUCCAGGAGAGAAAGCACGUCUGCUGAACGAAAAAUACGUUCAUCGCAGCAGACGCAGUGCCAACGACAUCUUGGGUGGACACAAGGCUUAUAAUGAGGCGGCGGCAAAGGCGCAACUGCAAGAGUCGCUUAACAAACUUACAUCAGAAGGCCCUCAUUACAAAAUCGCGAAGGUUUACUCAGCUUCAAGACAAGUAGUUUCUGGCAACUUGACCCGCAUUGACGCGGAUCUAAUCGAUGGCUCGGGCACCAAGCACCGCUGCAUCGUGGAUAUUUGGACGAAGGCCUGGGUGAGGACAGAAGAACACGAACUCACCUUUAAGUGCCGCAACCAGGCGCCGGUUUAUGCUCGUCACAGCCGGUCCGUGGAGUGGGCCGAGAAGAAGACGCAUAAGAAGCACAGUCAUCGCUCUCUGGACAAGGUGGAUCAUCUGUUCCAUAAGUUCCAGGUACGAUUUGGCCGCCGUUACGUGAGCACCGCCGAACGCCAGAUGCGCCUGCGAAUCUUCCGGCAAAACCUGAAGACCAUCCAGGAACUUAACGCCAACGAAAUGGGAAGUGCCAAAUACGGAAUCACGGAGUUUGCGGACAUGACUAGCUCGGAGUACAAGGAACGCACUGGACUGUGGCAGCGUGAUGAGGCAAAGGCCACCGGCGGUUCGGCGGCUGUAGUGCCGUCAUACCCCGGUGAGCUGCCUAAGGAGUUCGACUGGAGGCAGAAAAAUGCUGUCACCGAGGUCAAGAACCAGGGAUCGUGCGGCUCAUGUUGGGCCUUCAGUGUGACGGGCAAUAUCGAAGGCCUGUACGCCGUGAAAAACGGAGAACUAAAGGAGUUCUCCGAGCAGGAGCUGCUCGACUGUGAUACCACGGAUAGUGCCUGCAACGGUGGCCUCAUGGACAAUGCCUACAAAGCCAUUAAGGAUAUUGGCGGCCUGGAGUACGAAGCUGAGUACCCAUACAAGGGUAAGAAGAAUCAGUGCCACUUCAACAAGACCUUGUCUCAUGUCCAGCUAUCCGGAUUUGUGGAUCUGCCCAAGGGCAACGAAACCGCCAUGCAGGAGUGGCUGCUCACUAAUGGACCCAUAUCGAUUGGCAUUAAUGCCAACGCUAUGCAGUUCUAUCGUGGAGGCGUUUCACAUCCCUGGAAGGCCUUGUGCUCUAAGAAAAACCUAGACCACGGUGUACUGGUAGUGGGCUAUGGCGUCUCCGACUAUCCCAACUUCCACAAGACCCUUCCCUACUGGAUAGUGAAGAACUCAUGGGGUCCACGCUGGGGAGAGCAGGGCUAUUAUCGCGUUUAUCGUGGUGACAACACCUGCGGCGUCAGCGAGAUGGCCACUUCAGCUGUGCUCGCCUAGACUUCAUUUAAGUCCAUCUUAUAUACAUACAUACGACUAUAUCUAGGUUAAUACUUCAGCCAAUAACUUUGUGUACAAUUCUGUUGAAAUGUUCUCAACCGACGAAACCAGGAAGUCGUUAAGUUUUAGAGCUUCGCAAAUACAGUAUAAUCAUUUCGGACAUCUGUAAUCUCACGAAAAAGUCUGCAUCCACAUAUUCUGCUUUCAAUUGAAAUAACAAUAAAUUGUACAAGAAUUAAA